AUGGGGGUGGCGACUGGACCAUGGCAGCGUAAGCCGCUGACCUACCGCCUCGUAGGCGAGCGGCUGUGCAGUGUGGACGAGGCCACGGCUGGCGGCGGGACCUACACCCGGCACGGCUUCAUCUUCUCCUCACUGGCUGGCUGCCUGGAGAAGAGGAGCGAGGACAACGGGCUGCCUGUUGUAUCAGUGGUGAGAGAUGCCGAGAGCCAGCUCCUGCCCGAUGUGGGGGCCGUGGUGACAUGCAAGGUUUGCAGCAUUAACUCUCGCUUUGCCAAGGUGCACAUCCUGUACGUCGGCUCCACACCACUGAAAUCCACCUUCCGGGGGACGAUACGGAGAGAAGAUAUUCGAGCCACAGAGAAAGAUAAGGUAGAAGUGUACAAGAGUUUCCGCCCUGGUGAUAUAGUCCUGGCCAAAGUUAUCUCCCUGGGGGAUGCACAGUCCAACUACCUGCUGAGCACGGCGGAGAAUGAGCUGGGUGUGGUGGUGGCACGAAGUGAAGCAGGGGUGCAGAUGGUGCCCAUCAGCUGGUGCGAGAUGCAGUGCCCACGGACGCACACCAAGGACUUCCGUAAGGUGGCCCGUGUGCAGCCCCAGUUCCUGCAGACCUAGUGGCCCCCCGGGGGGCUGCCACAAUCCUGCUGGGGUGGGGCCUGUGGGGCCAGAGCAGCCCUGGGGCAGCUGCAGCCUCCUCCAUGCAUGCAAGAAGCUGGAACAGCCAGACAGGCCCUCAGUUGCAGGAUGGAUUUUCUAUUUCUGGAUAAUAAAUAUUUUUGGAGA